AUGAAAAGUUUUUUGUUUCUUUCAAUUCAACGCGAUAAUGCUAACGACACUAAUGAUAAUAAAAAUAACUCUUCCACUCAUAGUGGAAAUGCCAAACCUAUUCUAAGAGAAUUAUUAUACGGCAGAACACGAAUAUAUACGGUACUUCCGCCUGCCUCUUCUCACUCCCCUACAAGUUCUAAAUCUUCACCGGCUGCUCCCUCAUCAAAGCUAUAUUGGCAAUGGCAGCCCCAAACUUCAAAAAGCGGUGUUCCUGAAGAAAGAAGCCCUGUAUCUAGUUUUAUGGGAAGUAUUAAACAAAGUUUAAGUGCAAUGUUUUUACCUGUUGGUUAUCCAGAAACUGUUCAUGAAUGUUAUUCUAAAUUUCAUAUAUGGCUUGCAAUAGAAACAUUUUUGGGAUCAUCGACAGGAGUCUUGUGUAGUCAAGCAAUGUUAUCAUCCUUGGGUUUAGGACAUGCUGAAGCUGCAGUUGGUGCUGUAGCAAUUCAAUGGGUUCUCAAAGAUGGAUUUGGUGAAAUAGGGAAAUUGUUUUUCAUAAAAAGAUUUGCUUAUUCAUUUGAUUCACAUCCAAAAACAUGGAAAAUGAUCAGUGAGAUUUUUGGAAUUACAGGCUAUUUUCUUCAACUUUGUACAUGUAUGGUGAAACCAUCUCUUUUUUUGCCAUUAGCUUCGUUGGGCAAUGCUUGUGAGAGUAUUCAGUAUAGUGUAUUUGGGGCUACACAUAUGGCAUUUUUAAGAAAUUUUGCACUUUCUGGAAAUGUUGGUGACAUCGUUGCAAAAGAUGAUGCACAAAUGUCUUUAGCUCAUUUACUAGGAAUGUUUUGUGGUGUCGGCCUACUUUCUAUUUCUCACGAACCAGCCUUCAUUUUUACAUGCUUUGCAAUUCUUGCUCCACUUAACUUAUAUGCCACUCUAUCACUUUUAAAUUCAGCAAAUUUUGAAAUUUUAAAUCAAGCAAAAUUAUCAUUAAUUGCCAGAGAAUAUAUUGAUUGUGAUAAAGUACCAACUAUGGAAGAAUUAAAAGAUAGGGAGAUAGGGUUUGGUGAAUGGAUUAAACCAGGGAAAAGUCCUAUUGGUGUUAAAGUGCGUUUGGGAGUUCCUGCAUCUGAAGCUUUUCGUAGAACUGAAGAUAUGAUGGAAACGUUAAAAGUAUUGGAGAAUGAAAAUUAUUUAUUAAGUUUCCAACAUAUUCUUAAUACCAUUAGCAUACUCUAUCAUUCUGAUGCAGAAUCUAUUGAUGUAAUCAAAUCGAUUAUACAUUCGCUUAAGUUUCAUGAUCUUAUCAACAAAUCAUCAUCUGAUACGAAAGUUAGUCCAGAUAAUUUUAAUAAAAAAAUUAUUGAAUCAUUAAAAGAAAGUCAUGUUUGGACAAACGAGAAAUUUGGUAGAUUUGUAGCAGAACUGGAUCAUAAGGAUUGGCAGAGUGAUGUGAUUUUUUGGUCCGAUAAAGGAUUCAGGGUUAUAUGGGAACGUAAUAGAGAUUCAUGUUCUUUGUGA